AUGAAGAGGCUGAAUGUUCAUUUUGUGAAAAAUGACACGAAGAGGAUAAGGGCGGCAUGCCAUGUUGGCUGCCCUUGGAGGUUCUUGGCAAGCAUUGAUGGGAGGACUGAAAGCCUGAUGGUGAAAACCUACAUUCCUGAGCAUAUGUGCUAUAUCACAAAUACAAAUCGCAUGGCCACAAGUAAGUUUCUGGCUAAGCACCUGAGGAACAGGCUAAUUUCUCAGCCUACCAUAAAACUUGAAGACCUGAAGGCUUUGUUUAGAGCAGAAUUGAAGCUGAAAGUUAGUAAAACAAUGUGCCAGAAUAUCAAGAAAAGAUUGUAUCAAGACUCGGAAACAGUUACAAUGGAGGAGUACAGGUGCUUGUUUGACUAUGGGGAAGAGCUCGGAUUAAGUAAUCCAGGGACUACUUGCAUAAUUAGGGGCACUAGGGAGGAUGGAAUUGAGGUGAAUCGUUUCAAACGAAUGUAUGUCUGUUUGGCUGCAUGUAAACAAGAGUGGAUGGCUUGUUGUAGGAAGAUAAUUGGAAUGGAUGGGUGCUUCCUUAAGGGAUUGUGUAUAGGACAAUUGAUGUGUGCCAUUGGACGUGAUGGGAACAACCAGAUGUUCCCUAUAGCGUGGGCUGUGGUCCAAGUUGAAAACCAUGACAACUGGGGCUGGUUUAUAAGGUUAUUGGCAUAUGAUUUGCAGCUUCAGAGGGGAGAUGGAUUAGUGAUCAUCAGCGAUAUGCAGAAGGCUGUAAAUAAUAUUCCACACUGUUCUUCAUUUCAGGGGUUGGAGAGUGCUAUACACAACCAACUUCCAUUGGUUGAGCACAGGCGUUGUGCACGCCAUGUAUAUGAUGCACUAGCUAAAAGAUGGAAAGGAGAGGACAUGAAACUGGGGUUCUGGACAUGUGCAAAAUCAACUUUUGAACAGCAACUAAGACAUAAUUUGAAUAAGCUUGAACUUAUGGGAGUUGGAAUGGCCAAACGAUACAACAACCUUGCAGAAACUUUUAAUGGCUGGAUCCUUGAUGCACGUUGCUUGCCCAAAAUAAGUAUGCUAGAGGCAAUAAGAGUUCAAGUCAUGACAAGGUUGCAUGUGAAGAGGGUUGCUUGCAUGACAUGGAUAAAUGACAUAGGCCCCAGAGCAAUGAAACAGCUUGAAAAAAGUAAGAAUAUGUCAAACGAUUGGGUGACUUUGGGAAAUGGGGACCACAGCUAUGAGGUCACCAGUGUUGCAAGUCGUGAUCCAGAAGACUAUGUGCAUGACUGGUACAAGGUGGGCAAAUAUAAAGAAGCUUACCAGUACAUGCUACAACCUGUCAGAGGAAAGAUCAUGUGGCCUGAAAGUGGUCUUGACCCUCUCGAGCCACCUCUGUAUAGGAGGAUGCCAAGCAGACCAAAGAGGGCAAGAAGAAGAGACAAACACGAAACCAAAAAGGUUGGGCCAAUUGGCAGGCAAGGAUGGGUCAUGAGGUGCAAAAUAUGUUGUCAACUAGGACAUAACUCAAGAGGAUGCCCUAACAGGGACCCUACACUCCCAACUAGACCAGCUAAACCAAGAAAGAAAGCCAAUGGAGCCUCGACAUCACAAGUGGUGAGAAGAUCAGCUCAAUUGGUUGCAGAAUUUGGUACAACAAGAAAGAGAAAGAGAUCAUCUGCAAGAGUACUACCUGAUGCACCAGUAGUUGAAGCCCAUGUUGCACCAGCAGGAAAUGAGGCUCAUGGUGCACCACCAGGCCAGGAAGCUCAUGGUGCACCAGCACAGGAGGCUCAGGCUGCACCACCACAGGAGGAACAUGAUGCUGCUUUAUUGUUUGCGGAUAAUGCUGCACCAUUGGAAGAGGAACAUGAUGGACCUUUGGAAGAGGAACAUGUUGCACCAGAAGAUCAGAUGCAUGCUGCACCAGAAGAUAAGAUGCAUGAGGCACCAAAAGAAGUACAGCAUGAGGUCAUCGAUUUCACUCAACCAGAAGGAAUGGAUCUCACAUAA